AACUUGACUGCUUGGACUGCAUAGAGGGUGUAGUGUUAAUGAUUGUACUUCCCAAGUGUUUGAGAUCAAUUCAAGCACUCGGACUUUUCUUAUGUUUAUCAUGUUACCACGGUUUACCUCCACCUUAAGUGGGGCUCCCUAAUAAACUUGGGAAGAGAGAAGAGUAUCCAGAGGCUGGCCCUUCCAUACUUUCAGAUGCUUGGCUAGCUAUCCAGGGGCCUCGAAGUUUGUACAUGGGCUCUACAUGGGAAUGGAAAUCAAGAAACUCUUCUCCAAAUGUCUCUGCAUCAGAAUCCUCUCAAGCCUUGGAUGAACUUUUGCCCAAGGCAUGUGCCAUUUAUCCAGAUUUAAAUAAGUGGAGUUUCGCUGGAGCUCGGGCUGGUCUGAGGGCAAUGCCACCACUCACUGCCCAUGGCUCACUUCCACUUCUGGGUUGUGUCGAUGACAUUGUCGGUGAGAGUAAGGGCUGCAAAUAUUGGCUGUUUGCAGGGCUUGGUGCCAGGGGAUUGCUGUACCAUGCUUGGCUUGGGAAACUGAUGGCACAGGCUGUGCUUGCAUGUAAUGAACAAUUAAUCCCAUCUGAAUUAACCUCAUGGCGUAAGGGAACUCAAUAAUUAGUUAAUGUAGUUCUAUUUUUCAAUAUAAAAGUUAUUAUUAUUUUCAGAGCAGACUUAACACUUAAAAUUUUAUUGAGAUGAAGGUAAUAACACCCAAUAUGAAGACCAGUAUUAUUCUCUUUCA